CACUACAGUACUACACUCUCUACUCUCUCCACCUCCUCGAUCUCGAUCUCGAUCUCAACUGAAAUGGCAACCCCAUCCCAAAGCGCCGUCGCUUACUUCAUGCGUAUGACCGGUGCACCGGAGUUCGUCGCCAUCCAAAGACUCGAGGAAUAUGGAGGCAACGUGAAUGAAGCUAUUAAUGCUCAUUUCCUGCAAUUGGAUAGUAAUGUUGAUAAUAUGCCCACUCAGAGGCAAAACCUUGGUGGUGGUGGUGGUUCUCCGCAGUAUAUUCAGUCUAAUAUGAAUGCCAAUAAUCAGAACCGUAGUUGGUCGCGUGGGGUAAUGCCUUUCCUCAAUGCUGCUAGAAGGUUUAGACCUUCACUACUACUUGAUCCAAAUUAUAGGAGAGAACUCAGAGAUUCAUACAAUGGGAUUGGUGCAAGUAGUGAUAAUGUGCCGCGUACUGUUCCUACAAGUCAAAAUGUAACCGGCAAUUUGUAUGGGACACAUGAUUAUCACCAUAAUGACUAUAAUUUAGGACAGGCUAACACCUCUAAACAUGUAUCUGAUAAUGAUGUCGAAGAAGCAUUGAUUCAGGCUGCAAUUGAGGCCUCAAAGAACGAUAGCAGAGAAAGGUCUACAUGGGAACAACAUGGCGAUGUUAAUGGUUCAUUGGAUGAUGAAAUUCCUCGUGAUCAUCUUCGACAAGAAGAUGAUGAUUUAGCUCAUGCUCUUUCACUUUCCAUAAAGACUGCGGAGGAAGAAGAAGCUGUUCGGGAAUUUAUGGUUAAGGAAAUAAGCAAGACACAGGAAAGCAACAGCAGCAGAAGCACAAUGGAGCUUGGAACAUCAUCAAAUCAAAAUGUACCUAGAGAUGUUGCACAGCCAAUCAUUGGUCAUCCAUCGAACCAUUGUUCUGCUGCUCAACUUAAAGGAACUGAAGAUGUCUUCAUUUCAGACAAGUGGGGUGAUAUUUCUUCUGAUGAGCUUAAUGAAGCAUUGAUGCUUGAGGCUGCACUUUUUGGUGAGACACCCACUCACAGUUCUCAGAGAGUUUCACCUUUGCCUGAUCUGCAUCAUCAUCCAGAGAACAAUAUCAAUCCCAGUACGCAGCGUUUAUCCAGUCCAAUGUCACAAUUAUCAAGUGACACUCAGUUGCUAAGAAAAGAACAGGAUGCUGCUUAUCUGGCAUCACUACAAGCUGAUAAGCAGAAGGAAUUGAACUCUUUAAAAGAAGCUGAAACUCAUUGCCUGAGGGAAGAAAAAUCGUUGAAAAAGAUUCUUGAAACAAAGGAAUUGGAAAAACAGCUUGAUAAUAAAGAAGUUAGGCUUUCGAAGGAACCACCAGUAGAUGAUGAAAAUGCAAUUACUAUAGUUGUUCGGAUGCCAGAUGGUAGUCGCAGUGAACGUCGCUUUCUCAAAUCCGACAAGCUUCAGGCCCUUUUUGAUUUCGUAGACGUUCAUGGAGCAGUGAAGCCUGGAACCUAUAGAGUUGUAAAGUCAUACCCGCGAUGCGCUUAUAGCACCAAGGAUGGCAAGUUAACUUUUAGUGAAGUUGGCCUUAGCAGCAAGAGUGAGGCAUUGUUUCUGGAGUUUAUUUAGCUUUCAUCUAAGUUCCUGUAAGUACCCUGAUCUGUAUUUGUACAUAUAGAGUAGGACAAAACAAAACAGGAUUUCUCACUUGGCAAUAUAGUGUAAAGAGGUUAACAUUUGAGACAUAUAUUCAUUGGACACUGAGGGCCAAUGGUAUCUUUCUGUCUAUACAAAUCUCCUUACUAGCUUUUCAAAUAUUAUAUUCGGAUGGA